CUACUCCACUCACAACCCACUCCACGCCGCCGCGGCGCCGCCCUCCCACCACGUCUUCUUCUUCUUCGUUGCUUUCUCCUCUUUCUUUCUUCUUGCCCUAAUACACCACUCCACAGUCCACAGCCGCCGGCAGCCGCACCAGGUUCUUUCCCCAUCUUCUUCUUCUUCUUCCCCAAUUAUUUCCUUUCUUCCUUUUCUUUCCUCCUCCUCCUUUUUCAUCGCAGUCGCCGCCGCAGCCACACCAGUCGCCGCCAAAUAUAAUAUAUAUAAUAUAUAUAUGAUCGGUCUGCAGAGCUUCUACUUACCCAAAUCGGACCCGCAGUUGCCGUCGACGAACUCCUCCCAAGGAGUUCUUCUUAAGUCCUCCUCCGAGAUUUGUUCGACGCUUUCUUGUCUCCUCUACCGUCACCAGAGAAAUUGGCUUUCAAAACUCUUUAACUUCAAGUAAACCCGAAAAUUCAACUAGAGUACCGGCGGCAGCAUGGACGGCAUCGGCGCCGCUGAGGUGUGGAAGGCGGAAGAAGCAAUAGCCGGAAAUGUGGAAGCUUUGCAAGUUCUACGGGAGUUGAUAUCUUACCCUGUGCUAUACUCUCGGGAGGCUCGAAUUCUUGGUAUCAAGUGGCCGUGUGGUGUGCUGCUCUACGGUCCUCCCGGUGGAGGAAAGACAAGCUUGGUUCGUGCGGUUGUUCGUGAAUGUGUUGCGCACUUGAUUGUUAUUAGUGAUUACACUGUUCGGAGAUCACAUGUGGGUGAAAGUGAGAAAAUUUUGCGGGAGGCUUUUGCUGAAGCAAAAUCUCAUGCGAAAUUGGGAAAGCCUUCAGUUGUCUUCAUUGAUGAAAUAGAUGUUCUUUGUCCUCGGGAAUCUAGAAGGGAACAAGAUAUUCGCAUAACUACUCAGUUGAAGACUCUAAUGGACUGCAACAAAUCCCUUACCGCAUCUGAAUCCCAUGUUGUAGUGGUUGCAUCAACUAAUAGAGUGGAUUCUAUUGACCCUGCACUAAGACGCUAUGGGCGCUUUGAUACUGAAGUUGAAGUCUCCACUCCCAGUGAAGAUGAGCGCCAUAAGAUACUUAAGCUAUAUGCAGGGAAGCUUCCUUUGGAUCCAACGGUUGAUCUAGGAGUUAUAGCUGCAUCUUGCAAAGGUUACGUUGGGGCGGAUAUUGAGGCUUUAUGCCGUGAGGUUGUGUCUAAAUGGAGAAAACGUGUGGAUGAGCAUCAAGAUGGUCCCCAUAUGAUAACGAUGGAUGACUGGUAUCAAGCUAAAUCUACGAUUGGUAGUCCUAGUAUAACAAGAGGUGUUACUAUGGAAAUCCCUAAAGUCUCUUGGGAUGAUAUUGGAGGAUUAUACGAUGUGAAGAAAAAGCUUCGGCAGGCAGUUGAGUGGCCUUUAAAACACUCUUCAGCAUUUUCGAGGCUUGGAAUAUCACCCACCCGUGGAAUACUUCUUCAUGGUCCUCCAGGGUGCUCAAAGACAACCCUUGCAAAAGCUGCUGCAUGUGCAGCACAAGCUUCUUUUUUCUCUUUGAGUGUUGCAGAACUUUAUUCAAUGUAUGUUGGUGAGGGUGAAGCUCUAUUACGGAAUACCUUUCGGACUGCUAAGCUUGCUGCACCAAGCAUAAUAUUUUUUGAUGAGGUUGAUGGGGUUGGCUCCAAAAGAGGAGGAAGCUCGGAUGGGAGCUCGACUGUUGGGGAAAGACUUGUGUCUAUGUUACUAACUGAAAUGGAUGGGUUAGAGCAGACCAAAGGAAUUCUUGUUUUGGCUGCUACAAACCGUCCUCAUGCUAUUGAUGAUGCACUUAUGCGCCCCGGACGUUUUGAUUUAGUGCUUUAUGUUCCACCGCCAGAUUUGGAAGCUCGCCUUGAAAUCCUUCGCGUGCACACGCGCAACAUGGAAAUAGAUGCGCGUGUCGAUCUCAGGCAUGUCGCAGAAAACACUGAACUCUUCACUGGAGCUGAGCUGGAGCAGCUAUGCCUGGAAGCGGGCAAUGUCUGCCUCCGAGAAAGCAUGUCUGCCCCAGCCAUCUUACACCGACACUUCGAGACUGUAAUGAGAUCGCUUAGACCGGCGCUAACUCGGGAAGACAUCGACUCUUACGCCUCGUUCCGAAAGAAGAAUCGAUCUUUGAAGUCCGCCCAACCAUUUGAAGAAUCCAUCUCCAAUGCCCUCUCCGACCUCAGCAUCAAACUCUAAACUAGAUAGAUUAAAUUUCAAGAAUUCAGCUUUAGUUAGCAAUUAUUGAUGUUGUUCCUUAUAAUGUGUCUCAUAGAUUAAAUUUCAAGAAUUCAAGAAUUCAGCUUUAAUCGUUGUACUGUAGGUGUAAUAAUGUGAUAUUUUGAAUAUAAAAUUGAUUUUUAGUAUAAUAAAAAA